CUGCAAAAGCAAAAGCAACAAAAAGCGCGGGUGCUUGCGAUGUUACUAGUCUUACUCGCUUUAUAGCACGUUUUUGCCCUUUUCCGCUUUACAACACUGAACCAGUACUGCUGAAACCAGUAUCGAUACACAUUUGACGUUCUUGCCAGUGGCCCUGGUCUAGCUUUCCUAAGAAAAUAUAAAUAUAACCAAAAUGAAUUCCGAUCCAUCUGUAGGGAAUGACUUGACUGAAUUUUGCAAAUCGAGUCCGGAAAUCCGCAAAACUAUGGACGAGUUCGAAGCAGCACUCGAGAAGAGCACUGACAUCAACAAGAAAAUGAGUCAACAUUAUAAGCCUCUGAUAUGGUGCGCUGACUCUGCAAUUGGCCCAGAGGACAGGCCACGUGUUGAGACACUAAGUGAGGACAAGAAGAAAAGCGCCAAAGACGUGCGCCACACCCUGAUUAAGUCUAUAGUCUUCGCAUCCAAGAGCUUCGAUUACCUCCAGGCCAAGCUAAAGGUACCCCAGGUCGAAUCGAUCGAAAUGAACCCGCCGGGAGCAUUGAGUGCCAUUGACGUGUUGGAAGCACUCGGAGUCUUACCCAAUGAGAGGCACAGGGAGCAGAACAAUUUCACAGGAUUUCCGGACUCGUUGCCAACAGUGGAAAAAGGAAGCACUUUGGAGGACCCUAUGGUUCUGGACAAGCCAGAUUCUGCCUAAAGACAGGAAAAUGCGUUAAAAGUACAUUUUUGGUAAUAGAAAGGUCAUGAACUUAAACAACAAUUCGACAUGGAUCCAAAUAUGUUAGAACGAAGAUUAUAAACAAAACAUUGGAGUUUUAGUUUGCCUAUUUAAUGCUUCUUUAAAAAUCUAGCAUACCAGUAAAAAACGAAUUUAAGCAGCUGAUAUUAUUAUUUUUAUUUUUUAAAUAUUACAUGUUGAAAGGAUCGGAUCAGAAAAUAAUCGAAUUUUAUAUUGUUUACAUUUAAAUACAAUUUUAAGUCAUGGUCCCUUCAA